AUGAUGGAGGCCCCGUCGUGCCUUUUGGACGACGAGUACCUUCCGGAUGAGAAGAUCCAGGGGAUGUGGCGAGAGUGGACUGAUACCCUCCUGACCUGCUUCAGUAUGGGUCUUAAAGGCCGGAAAGACGUGGAUCUUGGCUAUGAGGUGGGCCACACAACCGAGCGGGUGGUGACCAUCAAGCGGCGCAGCAUUGAGUUCCAGCGUGGGCCGUUUGUGACCAAGAGAAAGUGA